ACGCAUCAAUCGAAGAGCAAAGAAGUGUGUAUGGCGAGUGGUGCGAGUGUGAUGCAGCGGUGCGGUGUCGCUGCGAGGUGGUUGAUGACGGCGGAGAGGCCAGCAUUAACAGCGGCGUCGACGCCGGCAUUAACAGAAGCGUCGACGCCUGCUCUCGGCUUAGCAGUGCCUCAAUUGUGCGGGCGUGGGGACAAGAAGACGAAGAAAGGGAAGAGAUUCAAGGGAUCGUACGGUAACGCUAGGCCGAAGAAAGAGAAGAUGAUCGAGCGCAUCAAGGAUAAGGUUGAAGUUUCCAGGUCUACUCCUUGGCCUCUUCCUUUCAAGCUCAUUUGAUUUCCGCAUAUCUCUUCCUCUCUGCGUGCAAAUGCUAAAUCUGUUAGUUCUAGUUCUACUUCUAGCUCUUGAAUUUCUAGGGUUUUGUCCUCAUGCGUCGGUGAUCGAUCUAUGUACUUUCAUCAAAGUUUUCUACUGAAUAGUAUUUUAAUUCCGCUGCUGAUUGGGUUUAUUUCCGAAAUUUGCCUUUUAUUUGUUCGGAUAUACACUCAUGCACAAUAAUUCGCGUUUCUUUGGUUUUAAUUUUAUCAUGAAGCAUAUAAGAAGACCAGGUAUGCUUAUAGUUUAAGCCUUUAAGGUAGGUAUAUUAUAUGCUUGUAAAUUUAUAAUAGAUAAGAGAAUUGGCUGUGUUGGUAGGUUAUAUGGUUGUAAACCAGUCUUUCUCACAUAUUUGGAUAGUGCCAUUUGCCGUGGUUUAUGGCUAAAUCCUGAAUCCA